AUGCUUUCCUACGACUCCCCGAUGCCUGUAAAUGGACAAACUCCCAAAUCACCUUCGGGGCUCACGAAUGGCGUGCAACAAGCCGUCGCAACCAAGACACAGUCUAGAGUCACGAGUCUUCCGACUUCCGCAAACAACGGCGCCCACGUCAACGGACCUCUCGAAACCAAAUAUCAUCACAUCUGGCUAGUUACUGGCCCUGCUGGUUGCGGCAAGACGACUGUUGCCGAGUACCUCGCCCAAGCUCUGAAGCUGCCCUACAUUGAGGGUGACAGUUUCCACCCUCAAGCGAAUAUCGAAAAGAUGGGCAACGGCAUUCCUCUGACCGACGCCGACCGUUGGGACUGGCUCGUUGCCCUGCGCGAAGAGUCUCGCCACCAGUUGGCCGCCGGCUCAGACGGAGUUGUCCUCACUUGCUCGGCUCUGAAGCGCAAGUACAGAGACGUGAUCCGCGUUGCUGGAUACUACGACCGUUCGAUUCUCAUUCACUUCAUUUACCUGUCGGCCUCCGAAGACGUGCUAGUCCAGCGUGUCACGGCUCGCAGUGCUGCUACCAACCACUACAUGGGCGCCAACAUGGUUCGCAGCCAGUUUCAGUCCCUCGAGCCUCCCAUGGACGACGAAACCGACGUCAUUAGCCUCGAUGUCAGCGGCUCCCUCGAAGAAGUCAAGCAUGACGCCUUAGCCAGCGUCAAGGCUGCGAUGGAAGAAGAGGCAUGA